CUCUAGUUUCUAGGUUGCUACAAAAUAUAGUGCAAAACAGAAGCCUCCCAGAAUUGAAAUGAUUACAAAAAUUUUAUUCGUUAUACUAGCAGUUUUUUCAAUAACACAUGCUUCUUCUCACGAUGUGGUACCGAUUCCUAGAAAAGACUUUCCGAGCAAUCAAUUACUGAGUAAAAUUGUCAAUGGACAUACCGCGGAGCAGGGCCAAUUUCCAUGGCAAGUUUCAAUUCGUGCCACAAUUGGACGAUCUAUCACUGUAUGUGGAGGCUCCCUGAUAUCGGCACAAUGGAUUCUUACAGCGGCUCAUUGUGCGAAAGACUACACCGGGUUUCAGAUUGGAUUUGGUUCUGUUCAGUUGAAUGUACCUCGUCUAACGAUGACAACUGUGACGAAAAUUGUCCAUCCCGAUUUUGAUGCCAUAAGAUUAUACAACGACGUUGCCGUUAUAAAACUUCCUUCGCCCGUAAGUUUUAGCAAUGAUAUAGCUCCUAUUAGGUUGCCGCCUGUGUCCUACGCAACGAAAACGUUUCAAAAUUUAAUGGGAGUAGUUUCCGGUUAUGGAAGAACAUCUGAUGCCAGCCAGUCCAUAUCCAACGUGCUAAGAUACGAAAACAUGCGGAUAAUUUCAAAUGCAGAUUGCGCCACAAUCUACGGUACCUCGGUAAUAAGAAAUUCAACCAUGUGCGCGAUCGGCUGGGAGCGCACGAACCAAAACGUUUGCCAAGGGGAUUCCGGCGGACCGUUGGUUGUAAAAGAAAACGAAUCGUAUGUGCAGAUUGGAAUUGUAUCGUUUGUCUCGAACCGUGGGUGCAGCACUGGUGAUCCAUCAGGCUACAUUCGAACUGCUUCCUACGUGCACUGGAUAGCGCAACAAACAGGAGUUCAGCUUAGAAUUUCAUCAUGAUCCUUACAUACUCCAAAAACUUAUUAUUUCUUACACGCCUACAUUUAGAUUACACAUCUUGGAAUAAAUUAUUUUGAAUUGAA